AUGGCCGAAUCUUUUUUUUCUGACGUUUGCUUGCUGUGGUACCUAAAGGAGCUGAAGAAGAACGAGUUCUGGAAAUUUAAGGAGCUCCUCAAGCAAGAACCCACUCAAUCUGACCUCAGGCCGAUCCCGUGGCCGGAGCUGAAGAAGGCCUCCAGAGACGACCUGGCCACACUGCUGUGCAGGCACUACCCGGGCAAACAGGCCUGGGAAGUCGCCCUGAGGCUGUUUCAGCAGGUCAAUCGGCGAGACCUCUGGGCCAAGGCCAAGGAUGAGAUCAGAAAUAAGAUCAACCCGUACAAAAGCCACAUGGAGAAGAAGUUCUCUGACCUGUGGAAGCACGAGACGUGCCUGGCGGUGCCGGAGAGCGCCUACGCCGAGUCCACCAAGGCCGAAUACGAGCAGCUGAGCACGGCGUUUGCGGCCGACGGGGCGGGCGAGCACUCGGUCACCGUGGCCGUGGGCGGCGCGGACGGGGUCGGGAAGACCACGCUGCUGCGGAGGGCCAUGCUGCAGUGGGCCGCGGGCCGCCUCUGGCAGGGCCGCUUCACCUUCGUCUUCUUCCUCAGCUGCUCCGAGCUCAACGACACCGCCCAGGCCAGCCUGGCCGACCUCCUGGCCGCCGACUGGCCCGCGGCCUCCGAGCCCAUCCACGACGUCUUCUCGCAGCCCGAGAAGAUCCUGUUCAUCAUCGACGGCCUGGAGGACCUGAAGGUCGACGUGGACCUGGACUACGACCUGUGCAGCGACCUGGAGCGGCCGCAGCCGGUGCACGUGGUGCUGCGGAGCCUCCUGCAGAGGGCGCUGCUGCCCGAGGCCUCGCUGCUCGUGGCCCUGGGCCUGGAGGUCGCCCGCAAGUUCUACUACCUGCUGCGCCGCCCCGUGUUCGUGCACCUGCCCGGCUUCUCGGGCCACCAGAAGUGGCUCUACUUCUCCCACUUCUUCCCGGACCGGGAGCAGGCCGCCCGGGCCUUCGGGGUGGUGAGAGACACCCCGGUGUUCGUCCUCUUACAGUACCCGCUGGCCUGCUGGCUGGUGUGCACCAGUCUGAAGCAGCAGCUGCAGAGACGCCGGCCCCUCCGCGUGCACCCCCAAACCACCACGAGCCUCUACUCCUCCUUCCUCACCAGCGUGUUCCAGCCCGAGGUCACGGGCUGGCCGCCGGGCCACUGCCUGAGCCGGCUCCGGUGUCUGUGCGCCCUGGCGGCCGAGGGCACGUGGGGGGGCCGGUUCGCCUUCCAGCCGUGGGACCUGCGCCGCCACGGGGUGUCCGAGACGCACGCCCUGGCCUGGGCGAGGAUGCGGCUCCUGCGCCAGAACGGCACCCGCUGGGUGUUCCCGCACGAGUUCGUGCAGGAGUUCUGCGCCGCCCUGUGGUACCUGCUCAGGGCCCCCCAGGAGCCGCCGCACCCCCGCAUCGGGAGCGCCGCCCAGCUGGUCACGGCCGCCAUGACCGAGGCCCCCCUCUACCUGGUGCAGAUGGCACUCUUCCUGUUCGGGUUCGCCACGGAGCGCGUGGCCGGCCUGCUGGAGGAGGCCUGGGGCUUCCCGCUGAGGGCGGACCUGCGGGGGGAGGUCACCGCGUGCCUGCGGGGCCUGAGCCAGCAGGCGGCCCGCGGCGAGCUGCUCAUCAGCUUCCAGGAGCUGUGCAACAGCGUGUUCGAGACCCAGGACCCCGGCUUCGCCACGGAGGUGAUGAGCCUGUUCCAGGACAUCGACGUCUACAUCACCAGCCCCGACGACCUCCUGAUCUACGCCUGCUGCCUCCAGCACGCCCGGAACCUGCAGGUGCUCCACCUGAACGUAGAGUCCGUGUUCUCCCCGGACUGCGGAGGCUUGUUGGACUACAACCAGAAGCUCUCCUACUGGCGGGACCUGUGCAGCGUGUUCAGCUCCAGCAAGGACUUCCAGGUGCUAGACUUGGACAACUGCGUUUUCGACGAGGCCUCCCAGGCGAUCCUCUGGAAGGCGCUGGCUCAGCCCACCUGCAAACUUCAAAAGUUGGUGUACAACUUUGCCACGGACGUGGGAAAGAGCGCGGACUUCUUUAAGGCCCUGGUUCACAACCCGAACCUGACCUACCUGAACCUGCACGGCUCCGACCUGUCCUCCCAGGAGGUGGCGUGGCUGAGCGAGGCGCUGCGGCACCCCAUGUGCAGCAUCCGGCAGCUGAUGCUGGGCAAGUGCGACAUCACGGACGAGGCCUGCGAGGACGUGGCGCUGCUGCUGGUGAGCAGCCGGCAGCUGAGGCUCCUGUCGCUGCUGGAGAACCCGGUGAUGAGCAGCGGCGCCCUGCUCCUGAGCGAGGGCCUCAAGCACCCGGACUGCGCGCUGGAGUCCCUGCUCCUGACGUACUGCUGCCUCACCUCUGACGCCUGUGACUACGUCGCCCAAGCCCUGGUGCGGAGCACCUCUCUGUCCCUUCUCGACCUGGGCGCCAACUUCCUGGAAGACAGCGGAGUGAAGCUUCUCUGUGGAGCGCUGCGGCAGCCAAGCUGUAACCUGCAGCAGCUGUGGUUGGCGGGAUGUUACCUCACUCCUGUCUGCUGUGAGGACCUCUCUAGUGUUCUUAUUAGCAACGAAAAACUGAAGACUCUGAAACUGGGGGACAAUAAAAUACAAGAUGCUGGUGUCAAACAGUUAUGUGAGGCGUUGAGGCACCCUAACUGUAAACUGGAGAAUCUUGGGCUGGAGCUGUGUGAGCUCACCGCUGCCUGCUGCGAGGACCUGGCCUCGGCUCUCACCGUCUGCAAAUCCCUGAGGGGCCUGAACCUGGAAUGGAACAGCCUGGACCACGACGGCAUGGUGGUGCUGUGUGAAGCCUUGGGCCAGCAGGACUGUGCACUGCAGCUGCUCGGGCUGGACAAAGAUGCGUUUGAGGAGGAAACUCGGUAUCUGCUGAGGGCUGUGGAAGAGAAGAACCUCCAACUGACCAUUUGCACUAAACCUUGGGACAUAGAUGAGCUGAUGCUGAAAGGCGUGUUCGUCUAA